AUGGACGAAAUAGAAAAAUCACACGCUUCGGCUGAUACCGAGGCUUUGGGUGGCACCUAUCCGGGCACUUCUGCUAUACCUUCUCAAGCCGUAAAAGCGCCUCCUAGAAUACGGCUUCGACAACAGAAACUUCAGCUUACGUUUAUUGGAUAUGUUGUGGUGCUUAGUAUGUUCACCGCGCUACAGGUUCUUGGAGUGUGGUUCUUUACCCUGGGCUUUUUACUUUCUCGUCAAGUUUUACCCGAUAUAGCCGAGUGUACUCCCAACAUGGUGGCCGCCGUUGACGAUACUUGUAUGCCUCCGCAGUUCGACAAAGUGGUGAUGUUGGUGAUCGAUGCACUUCGAUUCGAUUUCACGAUCCCAGUGGAAGACUCAGCUAAUCCCGACCAACCGUCUGGUGAAUUUUUCCACAACAAUUUUCCCAUUCUCCAUGAUACUUUUCUCUCACAACCCCAAAAUGCCAUCCACCUCAAGUUCAUGGCUGAUCCCCCAACGACCACCCUUCAGAGACUCAAGGGCUUAACUACGGGCACUCUUCCCACUUUCAUCGAUGCGGGCUCGAACUUUGACGGUGACUCCGUGGACGAGGACAAUUGGCUACUCCAGCUUCACAAGCAUAACAAAACCGUAGCAUUUAUGGGAGAUGAUACCUGGAAAGCCAUGUUUUCCAAGUACAUAGACCCCACGUUGAAUUUUCCGUAUGACUCUUUGAAUGUAAGAGAUCUACACACGGUGGAUAACGGGGUACUCGAGCACAUGUGGCCCCUAUUAAGAGAGUCCGGGUCGAAGCAAAAAUGGGACGUUUUGAUCGGCCAUUUCUUAGGCGUAGAUCAUGUGGGUCAUCGUUAUGGGCCUAAUCACUAUACUAUGAAAGAAAAAUUGAACCAAAUGAACGACGUCAUCAAGGAAGUGAUGAAAACGUUGGACAACAAGACCUUGUUGGUGGUGAUGGGAGACCAUGGCAUGGAUGCCACCGGAAACCACGGAGGUGAAGCUUUAGAUGAACUUGAGAGCACAUUCUUUAUGUAUCUGAAGCGCAAAUUUGUCCACAGAAAGGAUAAAGACGUCUAUGACCCAAGACAAAAAGGUAAGAAUUAUAGGGCUAUCAAUCAAAUUGAUUUAGUUCCAACAAUAUCGUUGCUUCUUGGACUACCAAUUCCCCAUAAUAACCUAGGGUUCCCCGUGGAUGAGCUUUUUGGAGACAGAGACUUGACCAUCGGUGCAUUCAAGACCUUGGUUCAAAUUCAGAAAUUUAGAGCUCAAACUCCAUCACUAUCUCAAAAUGAUGCUUUGAACGAAGAAUACAGACUGCUAUACCGUGAUUUUACCGAACAAGUCUCCUCUUUUUCGACAAAGAAAACUCUUUCGGCGCUAGUCGAGAGGACAAAAAAAUUUCAAUACUCCUCUUUGGAGGAGUGUAAGUCCUUAUGGGCUCGAUUCGAUUUAAUUACCAUUGGAAUAGGGCUUCUGGUUCUCAUCUUGUCACUUUCAUUCAUAUUGACCUAUUCCCGUUCCAUACCUGCGGUUAGGGUCCUGACUAUGUCCUUUGAAUUCAUUGGCUCAGUCAUCGCAAUGCUAAUGUUAGGAUUGGUUUCGUCGUUCUCAGUCUAUGUUGUACUUCGUCCUUUGAAACUUAAAAUCUGCCUUGCGGUUGGACUGGCAAUAGGAAUCAUUGUCGGUCUUUGGGCCCCAAUAAUGGACAGAUUCAGCAUCGUUUGGCUCGUGCACCAGAUACAUGACUUUUUCGUUUUCAACUUUUCGUUUUGGUCAUUCUUGGGGAUUCUUUUCUCUAUUUUGCAUUUCUUAGUGUUUGCAUCAAACUCUUUCGUUGUAUGGGAAGACAAGGUUGUCCUGUACUUCAUUGCCACUUUUGGAUGGUGCUCUAUUAUUUAUUGUGCUAGGUUGCCUGGCAAGGUGGAUAGAAUCUUGGGAAUGUCUCAUGGAUUGACUUUUGUGAUCAUUUCCAGACUUGUUGGAACCAUCAACUUAUGCCGAGAGGAGCAGGCAGCGUAUUGUAUUCCUACCUUUCUCCAAGCACGGUCGUAUGGGGUGAUACUAUUAUAUGUGGUGGCAUUACUACUUCCACUGGUCAUACGACUGUUCUAUAAUCUCACCAAUUCGUUCCAUUCUGCUGCCAAAGUGUGGGUGGGAACAACGUCCUUUUUACUUGGCGCAAAUGCGCUUUAUUGGACUUUUGAGUACAUUGAGAGUCAAGAUGUCUCAUUCUUGAACUAUUCUUUGAACUUUAGCAUUUUCAACUCAAUAAGGUUGGGCAUCUCUCGCACAGUUUUAUUUGUCACUUUGAUUCUUGCAAACUACAGCUGGUCGAGAGGGCCCCUCUGCGUUAAGCUUGAUGUUGACAAUUCCAUACCUGAGCAACCCAAAACCAUUAUCUUGGGAUAUGAAAACAUCUACGGGUCGUCCUACUUUUUAUUGGUCCUCAAUUUCACCGUGGGCAUAAUGCUUGUAACAAAACCAUUGGGUGCUGUAUCGCUUUGUAUGUUGGUCAUACAGAUCUUAACAUUACUAGAAAUUGCAAGGAUUUUGGAUAUUCGCCGAAACUUGAUCACGCCAGUGAUUUUCAGUUUAUUGGGUUACCAACACUUUUUCGCAACUGGUCAUCAAGCAACCAUUCCCUCCGUUCAAUGGGAUGCUGGAUUUGUGACCACAGAAACCAUCAUUUUCCCAUUCACUCAUCUCAACAUCUUCCUUAAUACGUUUGGACCUUUCAUCAUCACCUGUCUUAGCGUCCCAUUGAUUUCACUUUGGGCCAUUCCGCCUUCAAGUAAACCAAUUACGUUGCUUUCCUACAUCGUCACCAACAUCACAACGGUAAUUACUCAUCAAAGUUUGAUAGCAAUCUCCAGUUUUAUAUUUGCUGCACAUUUCCGAAGACAUUUGAUGGUAUGGAAAAUAUUUGCUCCUCGGUUCAUGCUUGGUGGCUUGACAUUGAUAGUAACAAACGUCACCUUGGUGGUGGUAACGUUGUGGUUUGGAACGGGUAAGGUUCUCACCCAGGUAAAUCGCAUCUUUGGUAAAUAG